AUGACGGUACCGAAACGAAACUAUACUCGAAUAAACACGUUGGAGCUGAAAGCUCUUAUUCUACGAAAGGUUGGUAAUCAGAGAGCUAACAAAUACUUUGAUCAUCUUGGGAAAUUGGUUAGUUCGAAGAUCAGCAAGACCGAGUUUGACAAGAUUUGUAUCAUGACGAUUGGGAAGGAAAAUAUCGCUCUUCACAAUCAACUCAUUAAGGCAAUUCUCAAGAAUGUUUGUUUGUCUAAAGUCCCACCUGUUAGAGGGAAUGCAAAAACAAGGAGUGUCUUGAAUGCGAAAGAUCCAAACCAGCAGCAGAUUAGCCCGAUUCAAAUGCGGUACGGGGAUGCGUUUCCGCCUUCUCUACGUAGGGGUGGUUCUUUGGCGACGCUUAAGAGCUUACAACCCCAAAGUCUUGCAUCUAAAUAUUUGAUGUAUAAGACUCCAGAGCAGCAGAGUGCAACGGAGCUGAAUUCCCUUGGCAGUAGGCCUCCCAUUUCUGUGGAAGAUGGAGAAGAGGUUGAACAGAUUGCUGGAAGCCCAAGCAUUCAAAGUAAGAGCCCAGUUACAGCUCCCCUUGGGAUAUCGAUGAAUUUCGGUCAUGGACGCAAAGCUCUUUCUAGUGCACCAUCAUGCAGAAAGUAUCCUCCAGAGACCUGUUUCAGCAAUGGAUAUCUCCCUGACACCUCUUCUCUGAGGAGUCGUUUGGAGCAAAAGUUGGAGAAGGAGGGUUUAACUAUGACAGUGGAUUGUGUAAAUCUAUUAAACAAUGCCCUGGAUUCUUAUAUGAAGAGGUUGGUUGAAUCCUCCAUGGGUUUAUCUGGGCCGAGAUUUGGAAAUGAGCACCCAAGGCAGCGAAAUGUGCAGUCUGUAGCUGAUUCAAAUAUGCUGCAACCCAGAAGAUAUAUGCAAACAGCAACCCAAUCUUCUGGCGCAUCUCUCUUGGAUUUUCGUGUUGCAAUGGAAUUAAAUCCACAAGCUCUUGGAUCAGAUUGGCCUACACAGCUUGAGAAGAUUUGUAUACGUGCUUCUGAAGAAUGA